AGCCGUUCUGGCCCAAGCUUUUGGGCUUGUGACAGCAUGGCUUCAGAACGGCAUCGUGCUGUCCCGGGCCGUUUUUAGCAUUUUCAGUUCACGGUUCGAUGGCCAGAUCCUCUCUUCGCAUUCUCACGGGAGCUGCCAGCCACGUCUCGAGAGCGAUGUCGUGCGGAAGUGGCGGGGAACGUGGUGGCAAAGGGAAGUCAAGGGCGCCGUGGCGCCGCGGCUGGGGCAACUUGCAGCCUGUCGCGAACGAGUACCCGCAGCUGGGCGACCACAGUGUGCGCGCUCGGCCUCCCCUGCUGCCUGAUCUUCAGCCUCGUGCGGGUCGUGCUGGCGCGCUGGGCGCGACAUCGCAGCUCCGCGCGGCAAGGGGCAGAGGUACACUUGCUCCUUUCUGCGGCUGCACCAGGAACGAGACCAGGUUCUGCUUCUGCCGGCACUGCUGCGCCGCACGUGCACGAGCAGGGGGCCGCCAGCAGUGCCAAGGUGCAGGCGGCGGCGCUGGGCUUAUGAUGCUCGAACCUACUUUAGCCUCGUCCUUAAGUCGGACGGGAGCAACAUAACGCUGGGCAAGGAUGCAACAACUCCUGGCUCAGCCCCACCUCUCAGUGCAGCGGGCCGUCUUCUGUGACAAGGCGUGUGACAGGCAGAGUGCGGCGGCGCAUCGUCUGGUGGCGAAAACGCUAUCCAGCCCGAAGGGCGCCCCCGAGUCUUUGCAUGUCCGUCUGCGGCGAGCUCGUAGUCGUGCCUUUCAUCUGGGGAGCUGUGUGGAGUAGGCUUGGACUCGCUACGGCGCGAUCGGAGCACCGUUGCCCACGCAGCAGAAACUGGUCGUCCAACUUCGGGUGGACCUCAUUGACGCUGAUGCUGAGCAUGGGCAGUUGGUACGGCAGUUGGCGGAUGGACUACCAGGAGGCCCUGCUCCCAGCCCCAAGCUCCCUGCUGAUGUGUUGCUCAACCAGAGCAAGCUGGAAGCAGCCUGUAACAUUGACUCUGGAGACAUGUUCAAGAUCGACGCGGACACCAGUCUGUCUUCGGAGGAUCACGCUCAGUUGUCGUCGCGUGCGGUCAAAUCAAAUCGGGCUUCUUGGACUUGAUUAAGAUCUGUUCGCUGAGGCUAAGAACAAUAUGGGCGAUGCCAAGAACGAACAUGCAACACACGCGGAACGUCUCCAGAAGAAAAGGAAUGUCGUCGAGGUGCUUGCGGACGUUGGCGCGGCGUCGGCACUUGGUGGUGGCUCGACGAGCGCGGCGCAUGGGGCUGGAGCCGCAUCUUCGCAGGCUGACCUGACCCGUCCUCUUCGGCCUCGUCGGCGUCUACUGAGGCUGCUCGCACCAGAGUUGACCGUAUUACAGGCGAAGGAGUGUGCAAGGUCACCCAGCCACGUUGUGACUCUGUCCCUCCUGGAGGUUCAGCGUUGUUUUGUUGCACAGGUAGCUCAGCAGAGAUUACCAGAGUUACCUUGUGGCGCAAGCGUGGCUUCCCCAUGCUUUUGGCGCACCGUCCUGGUCGGUUGCAGCAGCGUGUUUCUUCCUGCAGCUAGAAGACGUUGCUUGCUCGUGCUGGUGCGGCCACAGCAAGGUCGACUGCCAGCCCGGGCUCUGCUAUAUGCACGCACCGGCAGCAGGCUUUUAUUGAUUUCUCCAGACCGCCAGUGCUGUAUCCUCUGAUGUCGCUGGCCAGAGGUUCACCUUGUCGCGCCACUGCAGAGGCUCUGCCCCUUGGGGCCCCGCUUGCGACCUCGGCCGUUUUGGGGCGUCACGACCACUGUCGGGAAGCCCCGGGUGAAGUUUGGAUCUUUGCCCAAACGCGUUGCCCGAUCCCCUUGGAAUUUCGCUUCAGAACGCGCGGCCGAGGCUUCGCCCGAGAAGCAUUCGGUAGCUGAUAUGUUGCCUCCUCUGUUCAAGGCCGUGCUGGUGCGCAGGAUGUGGACCCUUUGGCGCUCGAGGUCCAGGCCAUCAGCGGGACGUGUUGGGGGGGCCGUCAGGGCGUCGGUUGAAGGUUCUGAUGCGCGCGUCCUGCUCUGCC